CAGUAACCUACACCAGUUUGGAAUAGCUUCAUACAUCCACUCACAUGGAAAAGUUACAGAUAACUACUGUUGAUAACGUUGUGUUAUCACGACGUGGUUACUGUAUAUCUGGUACAUUGACUUUAUCCACUUAUCAUCUUGUAUUCAGUUUCCGUCCGUCAGCCUCAAAUGAACUAUCACCUUCAAAAGAAAUAUGGAUAUGUUAUCCCAUAAUCGACAAGAUGACCAAGUCUCGGGGAUCCUCAUUGCACUCUUCUAGGAACAAUCAGUUUAGUGUUCUUCCCAACGGGGAAUUGAAAGAUAGUCAAUUGGCUGAAUCAUACAAGAAUACUGCAAUUGAUCACUACUCCGCUUCUAAUAUUCGGAUUCAGUGUAAGGAUUUCACGUUCUAUUCCUUUGAUUUCGUCAACGAAAUGACGUGCAAGGAAGUUUUUCUCAAGCUAAGUGCCUUGAUAACUGUUCCCAAAGUUCAAAAAGAUAUUAAAUCAUUCUAUGCAUUUUACUAUAAGGCCAAUUCCAUGGAGUUGAACCUAACACCGAAAGGGUGGGAUAUCUAUGAUCCAGUAUCUGAAUAUAGACGAUUGGAUUUGUUUAAGGAUGAUGGGUCUGCACUGUUCUGGAGGAUUACUAAUGUGAAUGAACAGUAUAAGCUUUGCCCAUCAUAUCCUAGUGUUAUUGUCGUGCCAUCGUCGAUUUCUGAUAAUGUGGUAAAACAUGCUUCGAAAUUCCGAUCAAAACAGAGAAUCCCAGCAAUCGUAUAUAAACACCGCCUCAGUCCCAAUGGAAACGUUAUCGUUAGGUGUUCUCAGCCAUUGGUGGGGAUCAACAUCCAAAAUAGAUCCAUCCAGGAUGAAAAGUUGAUUGGGGAGAUAUUCAAAUCACAGGAAUCCGAACGGCUUGAGAAGUUGAACAUAGAUAGUGAGUUCAUUGACCAGCCCCAAAGAAACUUAAUUGUUGAUUUACGUCCGAUAACAAAUGCUAUGGCUCAACAUGCCUUGGGAGCUGGAACAGAGAACAUCGAUUAUUACCGAGGUGACCGCUUGCCUAUUGAUAAGGAAAAUGGGUCAUCAAACCAAGAAGCUACUACAAGAAAUGUUGACAAAAUUUUUGGGAAUAUCGAUAACAUUCAUGUGAUUAGAGAUUCCUUGAAUAAGUUAACAAAUGCAUUAAAUGACUUGGACCAGUUUCCCGUGUCUGUUGGCGCAGAUAGCGAGCAAGUCUCGUAUCUGGCGUUGCAGCUGUCACUUUCCAAAUCACAAUGGUUGCAUAGGAUAUCCAUCAUUCUUCAAUCGGUGGAUAGAAUUACCAAGUCCAUUCAUUUGAAUAAUACCAAUGUAGUUAUUCAUUGUUCCGAUGGUUGGGAUAGAACUUCCCAAGUAUCAGCAUUACUGCAAUUAUGCCUUGAUCCUUAUUACCGGACUCUUCAUGGGUUUAUGAUUUUAAUUGAGAAGGAGUGGGUCAGCUUUGGAUUCAAAUUCAACACUCGUGCCGAUCAUGGCGGGUGUAUUGGGGCCGUAAUGCCCAAACCAGUGCAUGAUUCUUCUGAGUUUAAUGAUGAUAGUGAGCUUCCAAAUGGAUCUGCAAGAAGUGUAGCCUCAUUUCUACAAAAGGCUGCUAACAAAGCAGCAACCCGAAUCAGAAAUACUGCUGUUGCUGCUGCCGAAGCUGCUACCAACAGUAAUUCGUCAUCUACAGUUGAUUUGAAUAUCAACAACAAUAGUAGCACUUCAGAACCCACCCCGGAAGCUUCAGACUCCAAUGGAGGAGGAUCAUUCUCAGGACACGCAUACGGAGGAAGUAACGAGAAGUCGCCAGUAUUUCACCAGUUUUUGGACUGUGUUUAUCAGAUCUACAAACAGCAUCCACAACAGUUUGAGUUCAACAGCAGGUUUCUUAAACGGUUGUUCUAUCACUAUUACUCGUGCCAAUAUGGACUGUUUGUAUGUGAUUCUGAACGAGAAUUAAAGAUGAAUCAUAAAUUACACGAAAGCACCGUUUCCGUAUGGGACUACUUCAAUUCUCGAUCUAAGGAGUUUAUCAAUCCCUCUUAUGAACGGAAAGAUGAAGUGGUGUUUUUCAAUUAUAGUGAUGUUAAAUGGUGGACCGAGUUGUAUGGUAGAUCAGACGAAGAGAUGAACGGGUUAUCCAACUCGCUCGACCGUAAAUUUGCAAAAAUCAACUUGACCAAGUAGCAUAAAUAGAUCAACAACAUACAAGCUGCAA